AUGGCCUCAGAUAUCGCCAUUCACCCACCAGGUUCAACUCACCCUACCCUGACAGAAGGAGGCCCGGAAGGCUUCGACCGAUCUUGGUUCAUGGGCAAAUGGGGCAUUGCUUGGAGCACAUUACCGAUGUGGAAAGACAAGAAGGAUGUCACGCUCACCUACACGCCUUUGCCUGACGAUACUGGGGCGAUCAAGUUUCAAGAUCUCCUAGAGUAUAGCAAACUCAACAGUGAGAAGGUGAACACGGUGAAGGGCGUCGACACCUUGACAUCGUCUGGGCCCAAUGCGGCGACCUUUGAUUGGAAAGGAUCUGGCUGGCUCUUCUUUGUCCACUCGCACUGGGAAGUCCUUGGGCAUGGGUCGGAUGAAGCCUCGGGGCUGGAAUGGGCUGUGACAUUCUUUUCAAAGACACUCUUUUCUGCGGCAGGUAUCGAUGUUUAUGUGCGUAAGGCGGCCUCAUCGACCACAAGUGAGGUUGCCGACGAGGCAGCCUGCCGGGCGCUAUUGGACCGAGUCGUACACGCUGUCCAGUCGGCCGGGGACGAAAGAGUCACGACGCUGGCUCAAGGAGGGUUUCCCGUUCAAGGAGCCAUGUAA